ACCUGCACCUCUCACGACCAGGCAGUGCAUAAGGAACCAAUGGAUGCAUCAAGAAAUUACCCUCAGCAGUUCUCAAACCAAUUUGAACUGUAUGAUUUCGUCGAUGAUCCGAAUUUCGAUCAGUUCAUCGAUCUAAUACGUGGAGAAACUGAUGAUGCCGUCGGAGGAUACGAUUAUGAUCUUAUCGAAGGCAUUUUUGUUGAUGAUAAGCAUAUUAGUUCGACACCUGGGGAAUCUUUUGGCCUUGAUGCUUCAAGCACCAUUGCCCCUGAUCCUAACUCUGUUUUCGAUCCGCUGCAAAGUUUUUGUGGAGAAAUGAUGAAAGAUGGUGAGGAAGAUAACGAUGAGGAACACUCUUCCGGGACAACCACAGGGACCGCAACCACCAACACUACGAGUACAACAUCAAAGAAAGGAAAGGUUGAUCGGUCGAGAACUUUGAUAUCGGAGCGGAGGAGGAGGGGUCGGAUGAAGGAGAAGCUCUAUGCAUUGCGUUCCCUGGUUCCUAACAUAACAAAGAUGGAUAAGGCUUCCAUUAUCGGAGAUGCCGUACUGUAUGUGCAAGACCUGCAAACUCAGGCUAAGAAGCUAAAAGCCGAGAUUGCUGGACUUGAAGCAACAUUGGCAGGAUCUGAAAGGUACCAAGAAUCGGUUGAUAACACUUUCAAGAUUCAAGUGGCAAGAACCCACGGCCAUCCAAUUUGCAAGAAGAUAAUGCAGUUGGAUAUGUUUCAAGUGGAAGAAAGAGGGUUUUACGUUAAAUUGAUAUGCAACAAAGGUGAAGGUGUUGCAAUAUCACUUUACAUGACCCUUGAGUCCCUCACUAACUUCAAGGUUCAAAACUCCAAUUUGGCCACUGUUUCCGACUGUUUUGUGCUAACAUUUACUCUAAAUGUCAGAGAUUGUGAGCAGUCUGUGAACUUGCCAAACCUCAAGUUGUGGGUCACUGGGGCUCUUCUGAACCACGGAUUUGAGUUGGUAACACCUUUAUUAUCCUAAUCUGCAUCGCCUGUA